UUGUGCCAGGGAUCACCAGGCUGCGUUACCAGUCUUCUGCAUCGCCUUGAGAGUGCUGUUAGUUCUUCAAUGAUACAGAGGAGAAAUCACUCGUUAGAAUUAACCAUAACACUAACAAGAAACCAUUCCAGCAUUUGUGUUGCUCUUGGCAACAUAUCAUUCAAGGAGUAGAAGACAAGCUCUGGCGGCAGCAGCAGGCGAUGGUGGUGCGGGUGGUAGUGGUGGGCGGCGGGGUGAGUGGUGUGGGCAGUGCUCUAGCCCUCCUCCAGCGUCUCCCUCAGUGUAGCCUCACCAUUAUAGCUGAACACUUCACACCCACCACCACAGGUGACGGAGCAGCAGGACACUGGGAGCCUUAUAUGAGUCCUGGAACUUCAGAGGAAAAGAUCAUCCAGUGGUCCCGGGAGACAUGGGAGCUGUUCCGUGAGUGGUGGGAGAGUGGGAGGCAGAUGGGCGUCUCCCUCGCUUAUGGAGAAAUCAUCAGUCGCGACCACAUGCAAGAGAAUCCCUGGCGACAUGUACCCCUUGCGUACCGAACCCUCACUGACGCUGAGUGCACUAAGUACGGUCCCCAGUACCGAUCUGGCUACACCUUUGGCACUUUCUCAGCGGAGGUAUCAAGGUUCCUGCCGGUACUGCUGGAGGAGGUAAAGGAGCUGGGAGGUCGCUUGGAGGUUCGUCGUCUGUCGUCUCUGACAGAGGCGGCACAGGAGGCAGACCUCGUCAUCAACUGCAGCGGUCUUGGAGCCAGGGAUCUCGUGCCUGACCCAGCUGUCUAUCCCUGCAGAGGUCAAGUCAUGAGGGUUCGAGCACCGUGGGUGGGAAGGUUCCUGUGUGACGAGUCUGACGAGUCCUUUGCCUACAUCCUUCCCAAUAUUGAGACGGUAGUGGUAGGAGGAACCCACCAAGACGACGACUGGCGGCUGGAGGUGGACCCCGCAGACUCCAGAGUCAUCUGGGAUAACUGCACCACUCUCAUGCCCUCACUCAAGGCGGCGGAGGUGGUGCAGGAGUGGGUGGGACUGCGGCCUUGCAGGAAAGGUGGAGUUCGUCUAGAAGCUGACCAGAUUAAAGUAGACUCACGAACUGUCCCGGUGGUGCACAACUACGGCCACGGGGGAUGUGGGAUCACAAUGUUUUGGGGGUGUGCCAGUGAGGUCGCCCACAUAGCCCGCGAUCUCGUCCACAGGCACUACGGACUACCCUGCCGGCUCUAGCAGUCUAUGAACUCCUAGCAAGCUAAAUACUUCGCCAAGAAGCUGUUCAAACUUACCCACAGGUCACAAACUCUACGACUUAUCCAGCGUGCUCGUAGCCUUUCUCCUGAUUGAUUUUACGGUGUUGCCGCCAGCGACAGCAAGCUUAUUGUGCACCCCAUUCUCAUCCUGUGAGCGGUGGGGGAAAACAAAUAUCAUAGAGGAUAUAAUAAUUGUCGUUUGAAGUGAAUAGCUUAUACUUACAAUAUUAUAAGCACACGUUAUAUUUAAUUAUAAUGGUAGCUAGUAGCAUAACACUCCAACCUUUAUAUAUAAUUACUAAUAUAUCGUUUUCUAAGGUAAGCAAUGUUCCAAUUGAGCAUCUUGAUGUCACUAUACUUGUUUACAUUACAGUAAUUGCCCAUUUCUCAGUAAUUUUGAAUUACUGGAUUUCUUUUCAUGAUAUCUUCCAGACAACGAUACUAUUCAUUAUGCCUUUGAAUUGUGGUUUCAUCCAAGUCAGGCAGCGCCAAGUCUUCCAGUAUGAGGUUAAUUUUUAUGGAUUACAAGCUUCAAACAUCCAGUAACACGAAUACAAAUUUGAAUUCGUAUUCAAACAUGAAUACUUAUUUAGUAAAUCGAUAAAACAAUUCAA